AUGCGAGAAUAUAAGUUAGUCGUAUUAGGUAGUGGCGGUGUUGGUAAAAGUGCUUUAACUGUACAAUUUGUAGAAGGUAUAUUUGUUGGUAAAUAUGAUCCAACAAUAGAAGACUGUUAUCGUAAACAAAUAGAAAUCGAUGGUGUUAGUUGUAUGCUUGAGAUUCUUGAUACUGCUGGAACAGAACAAUUUACAGCAAUGAGAGAUUUAUAUAUGAAAAAUGGUCAAGGUUUUAUUCUUGUUUAUUCUAUAACAUCACAAGCAACAUUCAAUGAUUUAAUAGACAUCAAAGAUCAUAUUAUGCGUGUUAAAGAAAUAGGUGCUGAUAUACCAAUGGUGCUUGUUGGUAAUAAAUGUGAUCUUGAAGAUGAACGUGUUGUUGGAAAACAUCAAGGUGAAUCUCUAGCACGUUCAUUUGGUUGUACAUUUCUUGAAACAUCAGCUAAAUUAGAAGUUAAUGUUCAAGAAAUUUUUUUUGAUUUAAUUCGACAAAUAAAUCGUCAAGCAAAUCGACAAACAAAUCGACAAACUCAACCACCAAAACGACUCGAUGAUUCUAAUUCUAAUUAUCCAUCAGAGUCUUACGAACAUCCAAGAACUGGCCAUAUGAGAGAUUGUUGCGUUCUUUUAUAA